AUGUCUUCUGCCGCGUCCGCAAGCAGUGUAGAGAUCUCUGCUGCAUAUGAGGGCUUGAGAACCGCCAACACUAUCUUCGUGGUAGUUGCGACGCUGCUGCUAUACGAUGUGCUUCUAUGCAUGGACAAGGAAGUCCAAUAUGUCUGGCAAUCGCCGAACACUUCUCGCAAACUCUCGCGGGUCCUGUAUACGUUCAACAGAUACAUGCCCUUCCUGUAUAACAUCAUGAGUGUCGGGUUUACAGUCACCAUGUCCGACACUACCCUCGCCUUUGCAGACAGACAUGCUGAGCAUUCUGACACUGUCUCUCCGAGCAGCUGUACCACGCUCUUUUGGCUCAACAACGUCUUGUAUGUCAUAAGCUUGCUCGGUCCAGCCUCCUUCACCACUUUGAGAGUUUAUGCGCUCUCGAGGGGAAACAAGAUGCUGGCAGGUCUUGUAUUGCUUCUAAGCAUGGGCCCAUUCCUAGUCAAUGUGAGCACGUUAUACCAAUACGUCCCCAUCAAUCUGCACCUUCCGGGCGGCUGCUCCACUGGAAUCAACACGAGCACAACAACCUAUACCGCGCGUAAGUCUUCUUGCUUGAUCGUCGCGGAUACUCUGGCUGUGGUCAUUACCUGGUGGCGAAUACACCCUGCUCGCCGCACGGCGUCCCAGAAUCCCCGCCGAUAUUCUCUGGAGCAGAUUCUGUGGAAGAAUGGGAAUUUCUACUUCUUCAUACUGGUCGCCAUGAACCUAGCAUAUAUGAUCUCAGUCGUGCUCUCGAUUACGACAGAUGUGGAUGAAUCCCUCGACGUCCUCGGCUUCGUCGACCCCAUCAGCUCCAUUAUGGUUUCUCGCUUCCUGCUUGCUCUUUACGAGACGAAUGCAAACAUCGAAAGGGGAGGCGUGACAUCCGUCGCCUCGUCUUUCACUACUCUUGACUUCGGCGAGGCCGGUCGGGCGGCGGCAUCGACAAACGUGCCGGGAUUCUUCAGCUCUCUCGCUGGCUCUAUCCGUUCCAUCUCCGACAGCGACCAAGAACCAUACGACUCGGAGAGUACGUCGCAGUGCCCCAAUGAAGAAGAAAUUGAGCCAGGGACAGAGUCCUAG